GGGGGGGGGGAGGACGGAGGAGGCGACGGCUUUGGUGGAUGCAAUGGUGCAAGCGUCCGUCGGGAGCGCCACGCACCAGCUCUAUGCUGCUAAGUGGAAAGCGUGGACGAAGUUCAUGAGUAACAAGGGGAUGGGCCCGUGGUUGCACCUCUUGGAUGCGGCGGUCGUUAUUAAUACGUUGCUGGAGUUCAUGGCCUGCCGUUUGUUCGCUUUCGACAAUCAGCUUUCCACGGUGAGGGGGUACCUGGCCGCUGUAAAGUUUUUCCACAAGCUGCACCUAGGGUGGGAGGUACCAACUUCUCACUGUUUGAUUGUGGCGGCGGGGAAGGGGAUAGCAAGAAUUCGCGGGGGCGUCGGAAAAAAGGCCCAAGUAAGGUUGCCCCUCACAUGGUCGAUGCUAGCCCAGGGUUACCUCACUGUCUCAGAGUUCAAGGAAGGAGGGCGAGUGAUGUGGCUGGGUCUAGCCUUGACCUAUUUUCUGCUUUGCCGUGCGUCCGAAUUAUUCGCGUACGCGGACGGGUUAGUGCACCCGGAAUUCUGCCUGACACGCAACAGUCUGACUUUCUACCGGGGAACAGAGCGGGUGGGCAUAGAGGACCGAGCCCUGGCUGAUUCCGUGCAGGUGGAUUUCAUUGCAUCGAAAGGGGAUCAGAACAGAGAUGGUCGUUCAAUCACCCGCGGGCGUAGCCCACUAGGACCCGACGGGGAGGUACCGGUAGGCGCGUUCGAGGCGGUGGUGGCUAUCCUGGACGUGCACCCCGAACUCCCGGGAAAUGCACCUCUGCUGACCAGGCAGACGCCGAGCGGUUGGCGAGUGAUUACUAGAACCGAAGGGGUAGCAGCGUUGAGAGUGAUGGUGGAAAGCAUUGGCUUGAACCCUGCACACUUCGCGUUGCACUCGGGAAGGAUCGGCGCUGCAACUCAGAUGGCAGCGCAGGGCCUGUCGGCGUUGCAAAUCCAACACGCCGGCAGGUGGAAGUCACAGGCGUUCAUGGUGUAUGUCAGGGAUACGGGGGCGGAGGGCGCCAAAGAGGUGUGCAGAAGGGAGAAGGAAAAGUAAGCAACGGCCUCUGCCUGCGACAUGGAGAAUGAGAGUCAAGUAGCCUCCGCUGGGCGGGGGUUACUUUUAUGCCAGGUUGGCAGAGUCCGUAAAAAUUAGGAGAAUACCGUGAGACGUGUAGAAGAAUGGUACCCACGAUGAGAUGGGGUAUGUAUUUUUUGAGGUCAACACGGAGUACGUUUUCCCGAUUAACCUCGGCAUAGGGUAGAAAAAUAAUACCAGAAUUCUUGAGCAAUAAC